AUGACUUCACGAGGCACGAAACGAACUCUUCCCGGCACUGACCGCGCUAUCUCACCUCCGCCAGCUAAACGGAAGCCAAAGGCAGAGGCAUCAGCUACCAGCCAAACGGUCGCAAACUUCUUCAAGCCUGCCUCACAGAAGACAUCCACCCAGUCGACGAAGAAGGUGUCAUGGCAGAUAGUGAACAACAGCUGCAUAGUGGGCAAAUACCUCGUUGGUGCAAAGGAAGAAAUUCAGAAAGAGGAGCGUAAGAAGAUACGCAUCGCUGCCUUCGACUUUGACCACACCCUCAUAACCCCCAAAUCCAACUACCGUUUCUCCAGCUCCGCCUCAGACUGGAAAUGGUGGGACCCCAGCGUCCCGUCUAAACUGAGACAACUCGCUGCAGAUGGUUACACGCUCAUCAUCGUCUCAAACCAGAAGGGAGUUAGUCUAAAGCCGGCGAAGGCGAAGACGGGAAAUGCCGACUCUAAGAGCCUGGUCACGCUGAAGGAGAAGGUCACGGCUGUACUGGAUGCGUUGGGCCUGGAUGUUUCGGUUAGCAUGUAUGCUGCCACGGCGUAUGAUGAAUAUAGGAAGCCCAGGACGGGGAUGUGGAUGCAGAUGGUCCAGGACUUGGGAUUGGAUGUAGAUGGUGAUGUGGAUGGGAUGGAGCCAAGGUUAGAUCUGGAGAAUUCUAUCUUCGUUGGAGAUGCGGCGGGUAGAAAGGGUGAUCAUUCCUGCUGUGAUCGACACUUUGCUGCAAACGUCGGGAUACCAUUCAAGACGCCCGAGGAGUUCUUUCGGGACGAACAACCCGUUCCCAUGGCCGCCGACGUGUUCGAUCCAAAGAACUAUAUCGCUACAACACCAACGGACGGAGACGACAAGACUCCCUUUCCGUUCUCAAAACAAAGUGAUACAGAGCUCGUGAUAUUCUGUGGUAGCCCGGGGUCAGGGAAGUCGACGUUUUACUGGAAAUAUCUGCAACCUUUAGGAUAUGAGAGGGUGAAUCAGGAUAUACUGAAGACGAGGCAGAAGUGUCUAAAAGUUGCAAACGAGCAUCUACAAGCCUGCAGGUCUGUUGUAGUUGACAACACCAACGCCAACAAAUCCACUCGCGAAGAAUGGAUCUCUCUUGCAAAAACCCACAAUAUCCCAAUCAGAUGCAUCUACCUAUCUACUCCAAUAACGGUCUGUAAACACAACAACGCCGUACGAGCCGCAAAUCCAAACCAGGAAUCACUGAAUCCGGAAUCCCGCACCAUACUUCCGCCAAUGGCGUUUAAUGACUUUGUGCGUCGGUUUGAAGAGCCAGAUGUAUCAGAGGGGUUCAACGAUUUGGUAAGGGUUGGCUUUCAGUUUGAUGGAGGCGAGGAGGUGAAGAGGAUAUGGGGCCAGCACUGGGUUUGA